AUGGGGACCUGUCCGUGUUACAGCUUUGUCGGCGGGGCAUGGGGGGCCGAGGGCAAGGAGACAAAGGAAGAAGACGGUGUGGAGUAUGCCUCAGAUGAUGCCAUGGACUUGGCACAGUUUCUCAUCAGUGCCGACAUCCGGCUGGUCCGAGCGGAGUUUUUGUGGAGCCUGUGCGAAGCCCAGGCAAGCAUUCCAAGAAGACAGGAAGCAGAAGACGAAUCUUUUGAGACGCCACAGGGAAAGCAAACGGCCUUGGUCAGGCAUGAUGAGGUGUCGAGCUGGGCAGCAGGACGCUGCCCUGCUUUGAUUUGCUCAAUUUCCCAUUGCUGGGAGGCUAGGGAGCAUUCAGAUCCUUGUGGCCACCAGCUGCAGAUCAUAUGCGAUUGCACCAGGCUAUAUGCAGCGGCCUAUGAUGCACCUGUAUGGUUAUUCCUUGAUCAGACAUCCUUAUUUCAGUUCAGACGAACUCCGGAGCAAGACAAGACUUUCAAGCUUGCCAUGAGCCACAUGCAUCUCUUGUAUUGCCAUGAGUACACCAUGACUCUGCGGGUGCAUAGCAUUAGCUCCGAUGAGCUGUGGGAGCAGCGCGUCAAGGAGGGGCAUCUGGUGACGGUUUACCACGAAGAAAGUGGGGCAGUCAGAGCGUUGCCGUUGAAGGACCUCACCAGAAAUCAAAGCGAAUACCUGGAGCGAGGCUGGUGCCAGGCGGAGUACGAGUGGUCUGGCACCCGAGGGCAGAGUGCCCGCAACCAGAGGAUUGAUGUGACUGAUGAAGAGUUUGCCUUCGUGACAUUGAGAUGCAAAGUUCCGAUGAGGCCAGAGGAGUUCAGGAAGCGGGUCUCAGGGCUAAAGUUUACGCACAGGUCGGAUGCUGAGCCGGUGUAUCAGCUCCAAGAGAAGGUAUUCAUGGAGAAGAUAACAAAAUGCAAGCAUUUGAGAUUAGAGUUUUUGGACUAUGAUGCUACUGCGGAAUUGGUGGAGAUUUUGUCAUGCUACACAUCUCUGGAAAAAAUCGCUCUUUUGAAUUUCAAGAGUACGGACUCAGUGUUGAAGGAGCUCCUGGGAUGCCUGAAGCUCAUGCUGACAAACAAUACCCUUGAAGAUUUGCAAAUGGAGGUGAUAUUGGAAGAACCAAGGACAGACGAGGACCUGCCAGACCGUCUGAUCCAGUGGCAAGGAUAUAUGAUUUUGGACGCAGUUGCCGGAACACUGGCCAAGAAUUUCAGCCUGAAAUCGUUCCGCUUCCGCUAUAACAGCACACCGAAUGCGGCAGAUUUGGCACAUUUCGCGGUAUCCAUGCGCAAGAACACCACUCUGGUGAAUGUAGACGUCAUUCGGCCAUUUGACGAGCUAUCGAUACGAGAAGAAGACAGGGCUGCUUUGCCAAGGCUUCUGGAAGACGUGGACAGCAGUUAUUCAUUUCGCGGAGUUUCGCUUUUUGAAGACUUCAAUCAUUGCGAUCCUUGGGUUGGGCCUGUCCUCAUGAUUCGGAAGGUUGCCGAACAGAAUGCCGCACGGCUGAGCCAAAGUAUGCAGCUGGAGGAGCAGAUUUCGACGAGGCGGCCCAUUUGGCCACCGGUGAAAUGUGAGGCAUUGGCAAAGCUUUUGAAGGAGAAGUCAGCAGUGACCCGGUUAUUCUUCAACAACGCAAAUGUGGAUGAUAUGAUGGCCGAAGCUUUGGCGCGAGCCCUCAAGCAGAACAAAACAGUGACAGAGAUUGGGCUGAUGGGAAACCAAAUCGGGCACACUGGAGCGGAGGCUUUCGCAGGAGUUUUGAAAGAAAACAAAACACUUAGAAGGCUGAAUUUGAGCCGCAAUCAAGUUGGUGUUACAGGCGCGCAGGCUCUGGCAGAAGCUCUCAAGAAGAAUAGCACCGUGAAGUCAAUCGAUUUGGAUCGCAAUCAGAUUGGGGAUGCUGGAGCAGAAGCUCUCUCAGAAGCCCUCAUGGUGAACAAGACCGUGACACGGAUUGGCUUGUCUGAGAAUCAGAUCACUGAUGCCGGAGCAGAAGCUUUUGCAGAAACAUUCAAAAUGAACGAAACAGUGACAGAUAUCUGUUUGGUUGGCAAUCAGAUCGGGGAUGCUGGAGAGCAGGCGCUCACACAAGCAUUGCAGGAGAACAAGUACGCAUACUGCCAAAUUGAAUGGUUCAGAUAUCUUACGCCAAGUGGGCCGGCCAGUUGGAUGUUAGGCAGGUAUAGCAGGUGA